ACAGCGUUAUCUCGCUCGCCUGACGAUAAGCACAUCGCCGCUAUCGUCGUAUCGCGGCGCCCAAUAUCGCCGUGACAUCGCGGCUCACCCGGCGGUGGGCGGACCCCGACGCAGGCGCCUCCCCGCACUGGCUCGCUACUAAAACCCCGCGGGCGAGACGCGAACCCGGCAACCAACAUGCGGGCUCUCCGCACGCGACUCCUCGCCGGCCUCUCCCCGCCGCUCUCCCCCAGGGGCUAGACGUAGCUUCGCCUCCUCAAUAAGCGUCUGGCACGCCGCGUAUUACAACCACCGUCCCACCCGCCGCCCCAUCGCCACCGCUCCUGCUGCCGGGGCCACUUGGUUCCGUGCGCGAAGUUCCGUCGAUUGCUACGCCGCGAAGUUUCUCACGCGGCCGCGGUGCUGUUCUCCUCCCUGCUGCUCCUCCUCCUGCCGCCGCCUCCCGCGUGAGUCGGGGGAGCCGAGCGCUCCUCUCGGCGUUGGCGUCCGGGCGGGGUGGGGGUGGAGGAGGAGGAGGCGGAACGCGCCGUGGCCACGCGCGUCCCGGGGAAGAGCGACGCCGGGAUGGGAGCGUGGAGAAGACCCCGAGGAGGAGCCGCCGUCGCUCCAUCGCUCGCGUCGCUGUCGCUCGUGGCGCUCCUCGUCAUCGCCACGUGCAGGAGCGCCUCGUGCCGGGAGAUGUUGUGCCAGGAGAUCACGGUGCCCAUGUGCCGGGGCAUCGGCUACAACCACACGUAUAUGCCCAACGACUUCAACCACGACUCGCAGGACGAGGCGGGCCUCGAGGUGCACCAGUUCUGGCCUCUCGUCGAGAUCAAGUGCUCGCCGGACCUGCGCUUCUUCCUGUGCAGCAUGUACACUCCGAUCUGCCUGGAGGACUACAAGCAGCCGCUGCCGCCGUGCCGCUCGGUGUGCGAGAGGGCCCGCGCCGGCUGCGCGCCGCUCAUGCGCCAGUACGGGUUCGCGUGGCCCGACCGCAUGCGCUGCGACCGCCUGCCCGUGCUGGGCGACCAGAGCCGCCUGUGCAUGGACGACAACAAGAGUGACACUACCCCGCAGCCGCCAGAGGUGAAGCCCACGGCGCCGGUCAGGUCCUUCAACCCGAGCAAGAACAGGGCGACCACCAGGGUUGGUGGUGGCGGUGGUGGUGGUGGUGGUGGGAGCGGAGAGGCCUGCGAGUCCGGCUGCGCGUGUAGGGCCCCCAUGGUGGCCAUCGGCAGCGACAGGCACCCGCUGUACAACCGCGUGCGCACCGGCUCCGUGCUGAACUGCGCCAUGCCCUGCCACGACCCUUACUUCACGCAGGACGAGCGCACCUUCGCCUCCUUCUGGAUCGGCCUGUGGUCCAUCCUGUGCUUCGUGUCCACCUUCACCACGGUGGUGACCUUCCUCAUCGACAUGGAGCGCUUCAAGUACCCGGAGCGGCCCAUCAUCUUCCUGUCGGCGUGCUACGCCUUCGUGUCGAUGGGCUACAUCGUGAGGUUGGUGGUGGGUCACGACGGGGUGGUCUGCAACCAGGAGCACCGGCACGUGCACUACGAGACCACGGGCCCCGCGCUAUGCACCGUCGUCUUCCUCCUCACCUACUUCUUCGGCAUGGCCAGCUCCAUCUGGUGGGUCAUCCUCUCCCUCACCUGGUUCAUGGCGGCCGGCAUGAAGUGGAGCAGCGAGGCCAUCGCGGGCUACUCGCAGUACUAUCACCUGGCCGCGUGGCUGCUGCCCAGCGUGCAGUCGGUGGCCGUGCUGGCCACGAGCUCCGUGGACGCCGACCCGCUGGGCGGCAUCUGCUCGGUGGGCGCCCAGAGCCUCGAGAACCUGCGCGGCUUCGUCCUCGUGCCGCUCACCGUCUACCUGUGCGUGGGCGCCGUCUUCCUGCUGGCCGGGUUCACGUCGCUCGUGCGGAUACGCAACGCCAUCAAGCAGCAGGGCGGCACCAAGACGGACAAGCUGGAGAAACUCAUGGUGCGAAUCGGCAUCUUCAGCAUGCUGUACACGGUGCCCGCGAUCGCCGUGGUCGCCUGCUACUUCUACGAGGAGCGCUCGCGCGAGGGUUGGGCCAGGGCUCUCAUCUGCCCCUCGUGCCAAGGGGACGAGGAGCUGAGCUCGCAGCAGCAGCAGCAGCAGCCGCGGCCCGACUACGGCAUCUUCAUGCUCAAGUAUUUCAUGUGCCUCGUAGUGGGCAUCACCUCGGGCGUGUGGAUAUGGUCGGGCAAGACCGUGGACACGUGGAAGAGGCUCUGCUGCCGGUGCUGCGGCCGCGGUGGCAAAUCGUCGGGAGCCGCGGUCUACAGCGAGGUGCACGGCGGCAGUGGAGGAGGAGGAGGGGGAGGAGGAGGAGGUCACCACCACCAUCACCACCACCAUCAUCACCUGGGCACGGCGAGCGGUGGUCCCGGGACGGCUGGGGCGGCGCGGGCUGCCAGCAGCGUCGCGAGCUCCGUGUCCUGCCACAAGCCGGCGCCUCUGUCGCUCGUCUGAGAACCGUCGCUUGUUGCCAGCAACACCACUCGCUCCGGUCGCUGCUGUUGUUGCUGCUGCUGCUGCUGCUGCGGCUGCUGCCCGGGGUCUUCCACCGCGUGGGUUUUAAAUUUCAAGUGCAACUCAUCAUCACCGCCACCGCCACGCACGGCACGCAGGCUCGAGGUGUGUGUGCGUGACGCCGACCAACCCCUGAACCACCAGCAACCAGCAUCAACCACCAGCCUGUUGUUAAAUUGCGAUCGCAAAGCUGCACGUGUCUUGUGUCGAGUUUUUUUUAAAGGAAAACAAUUUGACUUUUGUUCUUUUCGAAAGGCGACACGAAGUGUGGGAAAUUGAUGCGCUCCGGGAUGCGUUGUGCACUCACACGUUUACCAGCAACUUGUAACUGCUUCGUCAAGUUAACUGGCUGCUGGAGCUCGUGGCGCGCCUUCGUGAAGCGACAAGCGGAGAGGGUGGCGGACGGACGGCGGGUGUCGUUGGUGCAGGAGGAGGAGGAGGGGGGGGGGGGUUCUGUGCGCAACCACGCCGCGUCGCUGCCUCGUUCCUGCUGCAGCCGGAGCUGUCAACGCCGAGUUGCCUGUAACAACCAGCACGAGCACGCCACUCGUCGUCUCGCGUGUGUCUGUGUGUGUAACAUAUAUACACACACGUGUGUGUCUGUGUGACAUACAUACACACACGUGUGUGUGUCUUGGGGAGCGGUAGUGUAGCGGUUAGCGCUGCGCUACGAACCCGGCGACACCGGGUUCGAUUCCCGCUCACGGUCAACACCAGCAGUGACGAUUAUCUGAGCCGGUCCGGGCAUGCCCUAGGUCGACUCGGCCUCAAAUGAGUACCUGGUGCGGUGUGUAAACAUCGCCACUGGGGAGACAAAGGCGGCCGGGCGUGCUGCUGGAUACCCAACCCCUCGUGUGCCGUGCCAGCCUUCAUAGGUGCUCGCUAACUGCACUUGCCCCGACUGUUAAGGCUAUACGGGGGGUGGGAAUCUUUGUCUUUGUCCAACUCUAGUGAAGUCCUCAAGUGCUUUUACCCCGGCCGCAAGACGUACAUGGAAAGUGACAAUCGCGUAACGUUAUUUUGUUUGUAAUUCUCAGUAUUUAACAGUCCGCAUACGUUCUGAUAAGCUUGAUACAUUAACCGAGUAGGCAGACUCCCAAUUCACGGCGAUGUUUUUUUCUUUGCAGGGCGAUCUCUGACGCCCCCCCCGCCGCCCCACACACACUAUUUGAACGCCACAACUUCCCCAAGAUGUAUUUAUUUUAUUUCGCCACCGCAAAUUACGGCUCGCGUGAUAAUCAUGCUUCCCUCUGGAGCAGUCGAUCUUCACCUGGGGUGCAUCGAGAUGGCCCUUCCUUGCCGGGGUGUGCGAGGCAUGGACAGAUUAAUGUUUUCGAAGGUGAUUAAUCGCAAAGAAAUUCAGCACGGGCACGUCAGUACACCGUACUUUUCGAUUGAAAGCUUUCGUUACUGCAGGGAUUCAUAUUCUUGGUUCUUUCGGUGAAGUCACGUAGAAGGGAAAUAAUAAAAUAAAAUAAAUAAAACAAUAAAAUUCUCACUGAGAAAUUUACUCACUGAGAAUUUUACUCACUGAGAAUUUUAUUUGUUUAUUUUUAUUAUUUUAUUAUUUCCCUCCAUGUGACUUUACCGAAAGAACCAAGAACAUGAACACCUUACUUUGUUUCAUCAAACCUAUGUAUUUAUUAACAUUAAUACUUUAUUAACGAUUACGAACCACUGCUCAAGAUCAGACCCCCCGCCCUCCCUCCUCCACCACGUGUUCGCAGAGCCACGCACACCAGCGGCAGUCGUCUUUAAGAUAAGUUAAUGACAGUACAGUACUGUAAUGAACUACACGUACGGUAUAUAUAUAGACGUGGCAUGUGUAAUUAUUUGUACAGGUAGUUUAUAUGUAUAUACCGUUCAACGAUCAAAUGACCCGCUGAGCAUAAUUGUACAUUAAAGGACUGUGCGUGCAACUCUAUAUAUAUUUUUUUGACGAGAGUUCGAAUAUUUUUAAAAAAACGAGAUGCAAAUAAACUUUUGGAGAAAACAAAA